AUGUCUUCUGAUUCACCCCAAGCUACCAUUGAGUGUUCUACCGAAGAGCGCGAUGAUAUUGUUAACGAAAACGGUGAAAUGAACGCGAUGGUCAAUAGAUUACGAAGUAGUAUCGAAGGUGUGCAAAAUUCUUUUAGCACUAUAUAUUCUACCUUGGCAAUAAAUUUAAAACGAUCAUUUGAAAUGAUACAAGCGAUGAACUCAAUGAUGGAGCAGUUUCUAUUGUCCAAUAUUCAUAUUAAAAUAGAUGCACAGGAUGAUUCCAUUCCUUGUCUUUUAACUAUAAUUAUAUCCAACACGUGCCAAUUUCCCGCACAAAAAGCAUCUUGUAAUCUGAUGUUUCGGAAGAAAGGUGAAGAUGAGGAAGCAAUUAUUAAAAUUGAAUGUAUAGACUCUAUAGUUCAAGGAAUCAAGAAUUCCAAUAACUCUAAUUCAGGUUUAAAGUCUUCAUCCCCCCUGUCGAUAUUUGUGCCAAAACCGUGUAUUGGAUCAUCAACUUCCAAUGCCUUGUUCACAUUACCACCACAAACGCAGAUAAUUGAAAAAGUAAAGUUAGUUCCGUCUGAACUUGCCCAGAUUAUAGGAUGA